AUGAUACUAAGCUGGUAUAAGACUGAAGAUAUUGAUAUGAAUACGUUAAAAGAUGAAUUGAAGAAUAUAGUGAUAGCGCAUUAUUUGGAUAAGGAGUGCAAUGCUAAAGCCGAAUUAAAAGAUAGAUUAGAGAAUGUGUAUAAACUAUUGAAAUAUUAUAGUAGUGAAGGAUGGACAAAGAGUAUAAAUGAGGUUCUGAAGGAUGUAGAGGAUGAAGGUUCUGAGAUAGUAGAGCAUAUGUUUAAAGUUAUGUUAGUAAUAGAUGAGUGUGUGAAAAAUAGUGCAGCAGCAGGAAGUAACGAUGAAGCAAUAGAAAACCUGCUAAAUGAUCUUUUUAGUUAUGAGGUGAAGGACUCAGAAAUAGAGGUUGGAAUAGAUUUGAUUAGCAUUAGCGAUAGCACAGUGAGGGACAAAGUAAGGCAAGCAUUUGAAGAGGGGAUAAAAAAGAGGAAUGAAAAGGUAACGGAGCAGCUUACGAAAGCAUUUGAUUAUUGUAUUAAUGAUACUAAAAAGCAAAGCAUUGAAGUUUUUAAAUUGUUGCUUGAUUUUAUUAAGUAUAGUGGCAUAGAAGAUGUGAGUAGUACAGUAUGGAGUAAUAGUCUUCGAGAAGAUGUGAGGGAAAUGGCAGGAGGAAUUGCUGAUUAUAUUGAGAAGGCACUGAAAGGUCUGAGUAGAGCAUGUGACGGGAGCGAUGAGAAUGAAAAAAGCAAGGCGAUUCGUAUGGUGCUGCUUGAUUGGAUUAAUGAUAAUAACUAUAUGUAUUUUAUAGAUUCAGAUUAUUUAAAAUGUCUGGUGAACUGUAUGGAUGCUGGCGAUAAGAAGCGUAUAGUGGAUUGUGUAUUUGAAGAGAUGCAGAAUGAUAUAGACACGGUGAGUCGUGGAUGGAAUGCUGCUAAAUAUGAUACAGAUUAUGAUAAAUGGAAAGAAGCAAUCGAUGAAAACUUGCGUGGUUUUAUUACCAAGAGAGGUAUAAAUGAAGCAUUUAUGAUAGUAAGUUGCGCAGAAAUGAAAUACCGUAUUGGUGAAGACAUUAAUAUUAAUCAGCAGAGCCUUAUAGAUAUGUUUAAUGGUAUAGCUAAUGAAAAUAAAAACAACAAUCUAAUUGAGAUCCGUACCAAAUGUAAAGGGUAUGCAAUAAGCAAUUUAGAAGCGAAUUUUAUUGCUGAGAUUUUUGGCAUAUAUAAUGAAGAAAGGCUGAAGACGAUGUAUAAUAAGUUUCGGGGUGAGUCUGUGUAUAAACUUGAGGAAUAUGAAAAGAUGUUUGUACAUUAUGUGAAUGCAAUUGUUGGAAUUAAACAAACACUGAGAGAUGUCAGUGAUAGUGAAAUAAUGGAGGCGAUGCGCAGUAUGAUAUAG